CACUAGAACCGUGGCCACUUUCCUCGGCCCAUCGUGCCAUCCGUCUCUCUCACCGUCUCCGUGCUCCUCCGCCGCCCAAGGGUGUCUCCGGCGACUCGCCCGGCGCCGCACGCGAAGCCCGGAGAUCCGGCUGCGGCGGAGGCGAGAAGGAAGAGGGAGAUGAGGGCCGUGGUGCAGCGUGUCCUCUCGGCAAGCGUCGAGGUGGAGGGGCGGGUGGUGUCGGCGAUUGGCCCCGGCCUCCUCGUCCUUGUCGGCGUCCACGAGGCCGACACCGACGCCGACGCUGACUACAUUUGUCGGAAGGUUCUGAACAUGAGGCUAUUUCCUAAUGAGAAGACUGAAAAGGCAUGGGAUCAAAGUGUUUUGCAGCGGAAAUUUGAAGUUCUAUUAGUCAGUCAAUUUACCUUAUAUGGAAUCCUGAAGGGUAACAAGCCAGAUUUUCAUGUGGCUAUGCCACCUGCUAAAGCAAAGCCAUUCUAUGCUUCUUUAGUCGAGAAGUUCCAGAAAUCAUACUCAGCUGAUGCAGUGAAAGAUGGCAUUUUUGGAGCAAUGAUGAAGGUUUCUUUAGUGAACGAUGGCCCUGUAACAAUGCAAGUUGACUCAUCCUCAUUGCAAAAUCCUGCUCAGUCAAGCAAUGGUGAUGUUGGCUCAGUUGGGGACAAUGAAGCACAAGUACCUAAAGAGACUUCUUAAUCUCUGUAACUGGUCUUCUACCCUUCCUGCACAUGAUUUGAACAUGGUUAUCGCUGUCCCACAUCAAGCCAUGCAGAAUUUUGAGUUUGUUUUUGAGGUUUGAGCAGGAAGAAGCCCUCCAGUGAGCUCGUGCCAUGGGUGCUACAAGUCGUGUUUUCAUUUCUCCACUUAAAUAUUGAUUACUGGGGAAAUAUAUUAGUAUUCAUUUCGUCUUCAAAGACAUGAAUUUUAUUACUGAUCUGUCAUUCAUACACAAAUAUCAAAUUGAUUCAGUUGGCCUUAGUGUUUUGUCA